AUGGGCCUACAAUCCGCAUUAUCUAGACUCCAGAUCAUGGCCCUUUGGAUAGCAAGAACACCACAACAAAAGCAGCAAUGGAAGCUCAUCUGUCAAAUUCAUCGUCUAAAGGAUAAGUUUAUCUACCUAGCAAUAUCUAUCUACUAUGAAGUGCAUGAUCUAUUGCAUGAAGCUAUUUCUAGAGAAGGGGAGUUUCAAGAUCUUCAUGAAGAUAUCACUGCGGCUGCAUCUUACCCUGCGCCUGCAGAAGAGCAAUCGCUGCCCAGUGAAAAUCAUCCAGUCACGGGGAAGAGUAUAGAGGCCAGAGUUCUACAAAAGCUACUGUCGGAACGUGAAUAUCAAACCCUACGCGUUUCGGCACCGGAUUACACUAGCUACUCUCUUGGUGGAGGACAUAUGGUGAUGAAUACCCACGAAUGGCGGCUGCUGCAAGAGAUUAUUUACCUAUACCAGCUUCUGGGGUGGACUUACUGGGCCUACGAAGACACUCAUUAA